AUGGUCAAGUUACAUACUUUUUUCCUUGUUCUUCUCUUUUCAGCAGUAUUCUUUGAAGCAGUGGAUGCAUCUUUUCAAGUUAAAAUUAUCCGUAUGGUGCUGAAAAAGGCUGAACGAUAUGCUUCAGCCACUAUGGGAGAAGGUCUAGCUGGAAAUACAGUAGCAAAAGUUUUACGGAAUAUUGACAGAACACUAGGCCCGCUCGGCUUAAACUAUUGGGUUUCAAUGGAACAAUUCGCUAGUGCAGCGGUUCGAGUCGGUCUCUCCCGACAAGUUGGUAUCGCCGUUUAUCAUGUUGUGGAUUUUUUUGCUCCGAUUGGAAAAUAA